CAACAGAGCGGCCCCCCCCCGGCGCGAGCUGCAGAGCGCCCCCUGCAGGAGCGGCGGAACCACGGGGACAAGCGGCCGGGGGUCCCGGGGGUCCGACGUGGUGCGCGCGGACAUGGCGAGGCAACACGCCAAGACACUGUGGUACGACCGGCCGCGGUAUGUGUUCCUGGAGUUCUGUGUGGAGGACAGCACGGAUGUCCAGGUCGUCAUCGAGGAUCACCGAGUGGUGUUCAGCUGUAAAAACGCAGACGGAGUAGAAUUCUACAAUGAGAUCAACCUGUACGCCAGAGUGAACUCCAAGGACUCACGAGAGAAGCGCUCUGACCGCUCCAUCACAUGCUUUAUGAGGAAGUGGAAGGAGAAAGUGGCCUGGCCCCGCAUCACCAAGGAAAACAUCAAGCCAGCCUGGCUCUCCGUUGACUUUGACAACUGGCGAGACUGGGAAGGGGAUGAGGAGGUGGAGAGGGCCAUGGUGGAGGAGUAUGCAGAGCUCCUGGAGAAGGUGACGGACAAAGCCCCCCCUCCGACCAUGGAUGACCUGGAUGACGAUUGAAGCUCCUCGGACACAGCGCGGCCCCGCAGCGUGCAAAGCAACGAGCCGGGACACGGGCGAGGAAAGCGGAGCCCCGAAGAACGACGCCGGUUUGCGGCAGAGCGCGGCGGGCCCCGGACCCGGCGGCGGGAGCUGCGGGCUGUGCCGGGACCGGUUACGCGCGGGGCAAUAAACGGGAACCGCUGCCGGA